CAUUGCUACAACCACCUCCGCUAUCUUCUCCUCUUCUCUCCUCUCAAAAUUCACAAAAAAACUGCGAAAAUGGCGAACGGGUAUGCGAUUUGGGUGAUGUUCGCUGCAUUAGCAGUGGUGGGGUGUGUGAGUUCAUCAAAAUUUGAAGAGCUCUUUCAGCCCAGUUGGGCCGUGGACCAUUUCACGUACGAAGGAGAGGUUCUCAGGAUGAAGCUCGACAACUACUCUGGUGCCGGAUUUUCAUCGAAGAGUAAGUAUAUGUUUGGGAAAGUCACUGUUCAGAUUAAGCUUGUGGAAGGUGACUCUGCUGGGACUGUCACUGCUUUCUAUAUGUCAUCAGACGGCCCGUAUCACAAUGAGUUCGAUUUCGAGUUCUUGGGCAACACCACCGGCGAACCUUACCUUGUCCAGACCAAUGUCUACGUUAAUGGAGUUGGGAACAGAGAACAAAGGCUGAACCUCUGGUUCGACCCCACCAAGGAUUUCCACUCCUAUUCCAUUCUCUGGAACCAGCGCCAAGUUGUAUUCCUGGUGGACGAAACUCCUGUGCGUGUACACUCCAACUUGGAGCACAAAGGCGUACCCUACCCAAAGGACCAAGCAAUGGGCGUUUACAGCUCGAUAUGGAAUGCUGACGACUGGGCCACACAGGGCGGGAGGGUGCACACGGAUUGGACACAUGCGCCUUUCAUAGCCUCCUACAAAGGGUUCGAGAUCAAUGGCUGUGAGUGCCCUGAUGCAGUGGCAGCGGCCGACAACAUGAGACGGUGCAGCAGUGGUGGCGAGAGACGGUACUGGUGGGACGAGCCAACAAUGUCUGAGCUCAGCCUGCACCAGAGCCACCAGCUGCUGUGGGUGAGGGCUAACCAUAUGGUGUACGACUACUGCUACGACGCAACGAGGUUUCCGGUUACUCCGGUGGAGUGCGAGCACCACCGCCACUGAGUGCAUGCAUGAUGGCCGUCACACUUGUAAAGAAGGUGUUGUUAGAUGAAGUCAAUUUGACAUGAGCUCCAUGUGUUGGUAUUUUGGGUGUUUGCUGCUUUUCCCACUAUGUAAGAUAUAUCAUUAGUUAGUUUGAAUUCAAGUCUUUGGUUCCUUUCAUUCAAUUUAUUUAGAAUUUUUGGUAA